CCCCCCGCCGUACCAGGCCCCAGCUUUAGGGUGCUCGGGUGCGGGAGAGGUACGGGAAGAGGAGGGGAUCAGAUCUAGUAACAAGGCGCUCUGCAGUUGUUGGAAAGGAUUUCCACGUGGACAGGAAUCAUUUCCCCCUUCUAUCGCGUCAGGUUUCCGAGUGGCCGAGUGACGUGCCCCAGGCACACAGCAGGGAGUGCAGGGACAAGCGUGCAGCCAGCACGUGGGACUCCAUUUCCUUCUGCGCGGCUGUCCAGUCCCUACCGACCCUCCACCCCCAUUCCCAGCUUCGUUUCGGCGGCAGGAAGACAGACCAGCAUGUGAACCGCGGGUGGGGGGGUGCCCGGUAACCCCGCACCUCGAGCCAGACAGCGUCCCCAGGCGGGGGCCUCCGUUCCCCGGCCGGGGGCGGGAGCGUGGGACUGCCCGGGGCCCGAAGGACCGGGGACCCAGGCCUUUUCCCGGCUCCCCGCCCCCGCGCUCCGCGCUACCCGGCUCCCAGCCCCCGCCCCUGCCCCCCACGGCCCCACUCGGCGCGCCCACCCCCAGCCGCCCGCACACCUGCGCGCCCCUCCCCACUGCCCGCCCCUUCCCCUCGCCCCCGCGGGGAGUGUCCGGGGGCCGCGCCCAGCCGGGGCCGGACGCGCGUGCGAAGCCGCCCGCCCGACAGCGGCUGGGGGACGUGGGCCGGGAUUUCGGGGCGGCUGCAGCGGCCGCGGCCGGGGCGCCGCGUCGGGGCCGGGAACUGGGCCAUGCUGGGCCGGCGGCGCGUCUUCGCCGUGGAGCCGCUCGGCGGCCGGGGUGAGUCGCCCACCCCCAGGCCGGCCCGGGCCUCCUGCCCUGGAGCCGACUCCUGCGCCCGGGCCCCGGUCUGUGUCCCCUGCCCCAGCCCGCACACCCCGCCGGAGGCGACCGUCCUCGCCGCCUCCCUUCGGACGGGCUGAGUGAUGGCGCCUCGCACUCUGGAGACUCUCUGGGUUUGGGCGUUAAAUCAGCCACCACCUUCCAUCUCACUCCCUUCGGGCUCCACUUCCCUCUAUAAUUCCCCAUCGGGAUCAUUCUCCGCCCAGCCCUUGCCCCGGCCGGCAGGUCCGAAAGCACCCCCCCCCAGCGGCGGCGGCGGACCCGUUCCCGAGGUAGACUUCCUGGCUGACCUCCUUGGCCAGAGCGGCCUGGCCUGGCACCCAGGUCUCCUGCGUGGCCGGCGGUGAGACGUGGGCGGCCCUCCAUCCUCUCCAGCCGUAGUUUGUGCAUCAUUAUUACAGUUGGGGACCCAGCGCGUGGGUAACCCCUGCCGCUGCUUCUCCUCCUACCCCCUCCUAAUUCCAGUUGGGUGUGUUUCCCCCCCCCCCCCCCCACCAACUCUCCGCAAAAUCUUCACUAUUUCCCAUUUAAAAGAACAGAAGCCGCAAUGGUUGUAGCUGUUGUUAUUUUAUUACUCUCCCCCAGGAGCUCCAGGAGAGACUUCAUCUUGCAUCCUGAUGCUAGUUUGGACCCCAGGCUUCCUGCUUUGUGCCCUUUCCCGUCUCUCUGAAAGCUGGAGGGUGGGGGUGGAGGUCGUAGCGAUGCUGCCCGGUGGGGAGCAGUUGAAGAGACAGGGGUUCCCCAUUCAUGACCUGGAGGUCUUAGGCUGACCCUAGGCUCCAGAGCACAAGGGCUCCCCAGAAGAAAGCAGCUACUCCCUCAAAGGAGGGUAGCCAUAUAAGGAGCUGAUAAAUAGGAUCUGCAAGGCUUUGCCCAUAUCCUGGGUCUGUGAUCCUUAACAAAAACUAUUUGUGAAGGGAUCUUGUCCUACCUUCUCCCAGCCAGGGAUGGGGAGAUAUCUGGGCGGGGCCGUGGCUGUCCAGUCCCGGCCCCUCCCUUCACCUCUGGUCCAGGACACUCCUCCCCUGGGAAUUUUGCCAGCUUCCAGGAAUGCUGGGGGCGUUCAGGGCAGCCUGCCCAGCCUGAUACUGACUGUCCUUGCAGAUGGGGUUGGCGAGGACCUGGCACGCAGCUGUGUAGUACCUGGAGUCAGGAGCACCUACCGAAGGAUCCCGGACGCUGUUCAAGGUUGCUCCCUGGACUCCUGGAAAGGGGAUGGCCAGCUGAGAGGUGUCAGGAGGCAGGAGCCACUUCUCAAACUGGCUUCUCGGGAUUCUGGAGUGGAGAUGGUGGUUGGGGACAGCCCCCUGGCCACCUCACCAGGUCUUCCUCAGGACUCUCUGGACUUUGAGCCCGCAGGGAGCCCUGAUCCCCGGGCCCUUGCUGCCAUGGAGCCUCCUGCCAGGAGCCGGCUCCUGGCCAACCGUAAGCUGGAGCAGGUGCUGGAGCGGUCCCGCCAGCUCCCGACUUCCCCUGUCGGCAUGUCACAACACCACUACUCCCUGAAGCCACCUAUCAAGCCUGAAUGUGAAAUGCCCCCUUUUGGAGCAGGGGAACAGGAGGCCACUGAGGCAGAAACUGACCUAGAGGCAGGUCUGGAAGGAGCAGAGGUGGUGGGGGGCCUGGGGCCUAAGGCCUGGGCCUGUCUCCCAGGGCAGGGUCUCCGCUAUCUGGAACACCUGUGCCUAGUGCUGGAGCAAAUGGCAAGGCUCCAGCAGCUCUACUUGCAGCUGCAGACCCAGAGGCCCCCAGGGGCGAGUGAGCUGCAGGUCGGGCAGGAUCCUGAAGCGGUGGAGGGGGAGUGGGGGGAGCAGCAGCAGCGGCCACCGCCACCGCCACCAGCCCGGGACCCUUCGCCUCCACCUUCUUGUGCCCCCGGCAGUGAGGUACAGGAACUGCUCAGCCAGACCCAGGAGACAGGGGCCAACACAGCUUCACCCCUAAAGGUAGGGGUUCCUGGUGCCAACCCUCCCAGGCUUUUAGAGGCUUCAGCAGAGCCAGCUCAUAUCUUUCCAUCCUCCCAGGGACACAAGCGGGAUCUCUCCCACUGGAACAAGGUCAAGGUCCUGCUCAACCGGAUCCGUUGGAGAAGCUCGAAACACUCUGAGUCCCCUGCCCCUCCUGAUGGCCCUGCCCCAAGGAUUGAGUCAAGGGGUGUCCCUGAAAGACCUCCAUUCCAGCCCCUCCGGAAGACCUUUAUGCCAUCAUUUGUGGUUAAGAAGCAACGAGCCAAAAACCUUUCUGUAUGCUGAGAAUUCCUGGCGCAGGGACAUGACCUUGGGUGGAGGGGUGUGCAGUGCAGUCAUCUUCCUCGCCCUUUGCCCUGUUACUGUUUCUGGGCACUGCCAGGAAAAGCUGCUGAUGCUCACCCUUCUCUCUGAGGAGAAGGCUGGACCUUUCUCCUCUGGGCAGCCUGGCAGAGGAGCCCUGGUUCCCUGAGUGGCCCCAGGGUGUGGCAGCCCCUGGGCGCCUUGCUGGUUGCCAGAAAUCCCUGGGCCUAGACAAUGUGAACUAACUUAUUUAUCAGGAGUCCAUGGAGCAUGUUUGGCCUGGUGAUCUAUUGGGGCCUAGCAUGUCACAGAUGUGUAUUUAUGCAAAGUGAUACGUGUAUCUCUGCAAGUCUGUCACUGUUGUGAACUGGCUGGAUCCAACCAUGUCUUCUGAAUCAUGCAUUCAAAGGGUUGGUCUGGGUGAGGUAAAGGAUGGCCACCUUCAUUCCUCAGUGGAGAGUUACUGAUUUGGAAUCUUGCUUUUCUCCUCACACCCUCGUGGGCAGCCCUAAGACAGAGAAGGGUGCUAUCUUGGGUUCCUCUGCAUUGAGUCUUGCCUGUGGAGCAGAGCCCCUGAAGACUGAACCUGGAAUAGAAAGGUCAGGGACAACAUGGAAAAUAGCAGAGUAAGCUUCAAGGUCUGCCUUUAGCUGCUUUGGUCCCUAAUAACCUUAACACAUCAGAGUUGAAACCAGAGACUCAUUCUAGCUUUUGACUCUACACUCAUAGCUUCCUACUUAAUCUCCCAAAUGGUCUAAUGAUACCUGCCCUACCUACCUCACAGUCUUAUUAAUGAAGAUAAAACGAGAUGAAACUGUCUCAGAGUGCUUUGUGAACAGGAAGGGGGAGGGUAUGGGUGUUGGAAGGAGGCCAAGCUGGAGGGAUGAUGGGAAGGCCAGAGGAUAAGGGAGGACUGGGGUUGCUAAUGGAGACUAAAACGGCCAGUGAUUAGCAGCAAGACUUAUAGCAGGUCACUUUACUGAAGUCUCAGGUUUCCUGGGAAUUAGGGCACUAAUUCCUGACCUAAUCUUCCAGCCCUGGGAGGACUGAAGGAAAUAUUUCCUUUUUUUUUUUUUUUUUUAAGAAACACUCAGAGAGUGCAAGAGUGCACGUGCACGCAGGGUGAGGGGCAGAGAAAGAGAGAGAGGAGAGAGAGAAUCCCAAGCAGAGCCUGACGUGGGGCUCCAGCCCACAAGCCAUGAAACCAUGACCUGAUCAAGAGUCGGAUGCUUAACUGACUGAGACACUCAGGCACUCCUAAAGGAACUCUUUCUGAGAACAUUAUAAAUGUCUACCAAAAUGUUGUGGUGGUUUCUUUACUACAGUCUGGCAGGUUCCUAUAUGUUUGCUAAUUGAGAAAGAGCAAAAGUUUAGUCUCCUGUAGAUAUUCAGAGGGCAGGAGAGGAGGGUGUGUGUGUGUGUGUGUGUGUGUGUGUGUGUGUGUGUUAUCAGUGGAAGGACAGGGCUAGGGAUAAGGUCACGGGCUUAAACCUGGCGUCUCCUCCUUUACUCAGGAGGGGCUGGUUCUCUUGCGGCUGCAGCCCUGGGGUCUGCCAGAAUGAGGCCAGAUGUGGGGUGAUAGGUGCUCUC